CAGAAAGAAAGGAAGAGAAAACGAGAAAGAAAGAGGUUGGAGGAGAAAGGCAGAGAUUUCAAACCUUUUGAAAAUCUCUAAGACUGCUUUGAUCCUUCAACAAGUCUUUCUGUAACCCUAGUUCACUUUCAUCUUCCGCAGCAUUCUUCGCCUCUUCAUACGCAAUCAUUUCUCCGACGUCAACUUCCUAUUCUUCUGCUCGCCGGAAAUGUCAGGAUCAGCCUCUGCCGGAGCAUCCGACGGAGUCACUAGUUAGGGUUUUAGUUUCUUAUUGAGGCCUCACCAUUAUAGAUCCCUGUCUGAUUACCGAAUUGGGCAAAAAAAAAAAAACGAUCAUAACCGCCUCGUCAGCGCGGGUUGCGGUCGCUGGAAUUGUGUUUUGGUGUUGACUUAAUUAUGGCGAAGGGAGGCCAAUGCAUUGAGAAGGUUCGGAGGGGCAUUUGGAUGGUGUUCUUCAUGGUGGCAAUGCUCGCGUCUUUGCUGGUUACAUCGUUGCCGGUGCUCGUGGCGCUUGUUGAUGUGUUGGUACCUUGUGUUUUGAUCUCCAGCUUUACGUGCGUGAGGUGUUACGAUUUUAAAGAACAUUUGCGUCGAUACACAUUCAAGAGUUCCUUGACAGACAUUCCCCUCGUUUCUAUCAUAAGAUCUCUCAUCAUUAUAUGCGUGUAUAGCAUUUGCGAUGGCCCUGCUUUAUCACAUGGUCCUUACCUUGGAGCCGUCUCUCUGUGUUCCUUUCUCUCAGUUGUUCUUCUUUCAGUAAAAGCUUGUGUUUUCACCGUAAAUUCUCACAUUGAAGCUGAAGCUGCAGCUUCUCUCUCAAAGCAGAGACUCCAUUUGAAGAAGUCAUGGGGAAUGCCUGUACUUUUCCUCUCAUCAGUUGUUUUUGCCCUUGGCCACAUUGUGGUAGCUUAUAGAACCAGCUGCAGGGCGCGGAGAAAGCUAUUGUUUCACCGGGUUGAUCCAGAAGCUGUACUUUCAUGCAAAGUUUUCUCUUGCUAUCAGAAGGUCCCACGAUCUCCUACUCCUUCUGUAGUGAGAACCCCAAAAAGUGACAGUGAAAUGAGACGGAGACCUUUUGGGACAGCUUGUGAUGAAGAAAUGCCACCCAAAUUAGUUGCAGACUCUGACGGCUUAUUCAUUACAUGUCAAGGACUUACAGUCCAUUACAAAGUCAGCUUGCCUGGUUCGCCACCACAUACCCUGUCCUCUGCAUCCAUUGUUGAACCAAAUUUUAGCAAUGUCACUUCAUCGGCUGGGGGAUUUGCUAAAUUCAAUGGGCAUUUGGCGAGUAUGUCUCCAAAGAUCCAGAGGCAACUCCACAGGAGCUAUAGCAAUCAAUUCCAUGGCUCAUCACUCUAUACUCCACUUCUGGAUGGUCCUGUGACUUCUCCAGCUGUUUCUGAAGAUAUACCUGCUUUGUGCUUGGAAAACAUUCAUGAAGAAACUAAUAAAUUAGAUUCUAUGAAUUUGGAGAAAAAUAUGGAUGGUAGCACUAAUGGUGAAUUAGGGGUUGUUCUUGUACACGGAUUUGGUGGUGGAGUCUUCUCUUGGAGGCAUGUUAUGGGAUCUAUUUCUCGACAAAGUAAUUGCACUGUUGCUGCAUUUGACAGGCCUGGCUGGGGACUAACAUCAAGGCCUCGUCGAAGGGAUUGGGAGGAAAAAGAUUUACCUAAUCCAUAUAAGCUGGAUAGUCAG